GCCUGUGAUGUGGCGUUUUAAUCCUACGGCUUUUACAGCGGAGUAGUGGCGAGAAAAGUGUCGCUCUGCUCCUUAAACUCCUCAAACACCGACUGUAGGCGUUAAAAUGGAAAAACAGGAGCAAUAAGGAAAUAAAACUGAACUUACGUAGCAUGCGAGUAAAACUUUAGAGGUGAGUUUUUGUCCUGUUUUUCGGGGGGAGACACGGAGCUAACGGGCAGUCCGCUGGGGAGUCAACAUGGAUGUCCUGGAAGCGACGGAGCGUCCCUGAAAGGAGGAAUUAAGGCCGAUUUUGUGGCUUUUCUAGCCGAAUAAAUUAUCUGUAGAGGAGCCAAAAGGGAUUUGAAGCAGCAAAGUAAUUCACCAGAUGUUAAGGCUGUGGAGGCGAGACGUGCCGCUGUCAGAGAGGUCGGGGGAGGGCUCUCCUCUUAUGGGGUCUCCCAGACCUUCGUCUUCUGCCAUACCGAUGGGGCCCAACAUAUCGUGGCUCUCCGAGGCCCCGCUCCUAGGCCCGGACCAGCCUAUCUUCUUGAUGACCCCGGCAGCGCAGGCUGUGUCUGGCUUCUUUGUCUGGAUUGCGCUCAUCCUCACCUCUCACCAGAUCUACAUGCACCUCCGUUUCUACAGCUCACCCAGGGAGCAGCGACAUAUUGUACGAAUCCUUUUCAUCGUUCCCAUCUACGCCUUCGACUCCUGGCUCAGCCUCCUCUUCUUCACCAAUGACCAGUACUACGUGUACUUUGACACCAUCAGAGACUGUUACGAGGCGUUUGUUAUUUACAACUUCCUGAGUCUGUGUUAUGAGUAUCUGGGAGGAGAGAGCGCCAUCAUGGCGGAGAUCCGAGGGAAACCCAUCGAGUCCAGCUGUAUGUACGGUACCUGCUGCCUGAGAGGAAAGGCCUACUCCAUCGGGUUCCUGCGGUUCUGUAAGCAGGCCACGCUGCAGUUCUGUGUGGUCAAACCGCUCAUGGCUGUUAUCACCGUUAUCCUGCAGGCCUUCGGCAAAUAUAAAGACGGAGACUUCAACGUUGCCAGCGGAUACCUGUACGUGACCAUCAUCUACAACAUCUCUGUCAGCUUGUCUCUGUACGCCCUGUUCCUCUUCUACUUCUCCACCAGGGACCUGCUCAGCCCCUACAGCCCCAUGCUCAAGUUCCUGGUGGUCAAGUCCGUUAUCUUCCUCUCUUUCUGGCAGGGCAUGUUGUUGGCCAUCCUGGAGAAGUGCGGGGCCAUCCCUCAGAUUAACUCACUGGAAGUGUCAGUCGGCGAGGGCACGGUUGCCGCUGGUUACCAGAACUUCAUCAUCUGCAUAGAGAUGUUUUUUGCGGCGCUGGCCCUGCGACAUGCUUUCACAUACAGAGUGUACGUGGACAAAAGUUUGGACGCACGAGGAUCUCUUCCUACAUAUGGAGAGUUUGGUCGCUGCGCGCCGAUGAAGAGCAUUUCCAGCAGCCUAAAGGAGACCAUGAGCCCUGGGGACAUGGUCCAGGACGCCAUCCACAACUUCUCCCCGGCCUACCAGCAGUACACCCAGCAAGCCACGCUGGAGCAAGGGGCGCCUCCUCCCGUCUCCCGCAGCCACGGUACCGUCGGUGCCCACGGAGACACCGAGAAAACUCUCCUGCUCAGUUCAGACGAUGAGUUCUGACACGCUGGUACAGCAGCCGAAGCUUCUUCAGACUGCGUUUACCACAGAGUGGUACUUCACCCAACCAGUUCCCCUCAGAGUGAGACUGGUCCCAAACCCUGUGGUCUGCUGCAUCAGCACGUCUGUCCCCACGUGACCCCAGCUUCUUAUUUGGUGGGACCGCGCAGCACCCAUGUGGUUGUGUAAACUGGGAAAGUUGGAGUCACGAUCCAAGAAUAUAAAUGUGACAUCUGGGACGAAGGUUUUCUGUCUUUGUUUGGAGCUUAUUUUUAUAAUCCAGAAGAGUCGUCUCUGUGGGAGAUCAUCCAGACGUAUUGGUUUUGUGUUGUUCCGGUCCUGUUUAGUGUUUAAAGAUAAAAACAAGGCAUGUUCUAAAAUUUAAGGUCAGAGUUUUAACGUUUAUUCCAUGAACAGAAUUAAAAUGUAUUAUCAAAGAUU